AGUCCGGGUCUGCCCCCCCUCGCUGAGAGCGCUGCCGUCGGUGCACGGCCGCUCCGGGCCGCAGGGAGAGAGCGAGCGAGCGGCGUCGCCGUCGAGGCGGCUCUCGGGACGCGCAUGUCCCCCGGGAGGGCAUCCGCACUACUACGGUCUCACUGCAAAAAGUCCCGCUGCUGUGCUGCUGCCGCUGGGAGCUGGGGUUUUACGGUUUUACGGGCACAUGAGAUGCUCCUUGUCCUCGACACCCCUAGGGUUUACUAGCUGCCUUUAAAGAGGGACGUUUAUUGGGAUAAAAGUGGAUUGCAGGCUGCAAGAGCGCUGCAUGUGUCUUUCAUUUAAAAGACACCGAGAGCUCCGGUUUUUGUUUUUUUUUGGUUUCUUUCUUUUUUUUCUUCUUCUUCUCUUUCUUUUUCCCUCCCCCAAGGCAUUUAGUGCUUUUAAGGCACAGUUAUAAACAAGCUGCCGGAACGUCGGCACACGGAGAUGCGGGCGGUGGGGCCUGGCGGGGGGGGGGGUAGCUGGGAGAGCAUCUGCUUCCUCGGGUUUGCAGCAGGCUUUGCUCCUAAAGAUGCAAGGCGGAAAAUGUCGCUUCUUCAAGAAAAUCCAGAGAGCAGAAGGGGACCCCGGCACUGGUCCUUCUCCUCGCCGGGACCCCUUCGCACGAAUCAGCUCCCCAUCCACUUCUCCACGAGAACUCAUGCACAGGAGGCCAAAGCAGACCCCAGCCCCAAACACACGCAUCAGCCCCGACUCCCCCCAGGUGGGGGUGUCAGAGGCAGUGCUGGGAGUGGGGUGGGCGGAGUGCGGGGUGCAGCUGUCUGCGGUACAGCUCAGCAGCUGGCGGGGAGGGCACGGUGUGCCCAUGUGGGUGCGAGUGGGGCUAUGCAAGUGGGGUGAUGCAGGUAGCUGUAUGCUGCGUCGGCGGGGAGAUAGCUCAUUCAGGUCUGCCAUUAAAAAUAAAGAAAUAAAUAAAUACAUACAUAUAUAUUUUUUCCUGGAAAAUAUCUACCUAGAUAUCUGCUGAAGGAAGAGCGGAGCUGCUUGCCUGGAAGUGUACUGGACCUGAAGUGGCCUUCUUAUCACCUCUGUCUGGGUUCACAGGAAAGGUCUCAGUAGCCCUGGCUGACCAUCACCACACCUACAUCUCCGCUGCUCAAUGAAGCUGCUCUUCCCCCCCCACCGUGGGGGAAGGGUUCUCCAAACUCAUUUCUAAAACAGCCUCAUUGAGACAGAUGCGUUCUGGCCCACGAUGUUGCAGCACUGAUCUGAACAAAUCACAGACCUGAUUUGUGUUACUCGUAUGAGUAGGGAGUGAACUUCCUUCCUCAGGGAGCAGGGAGCAGUGUGGGUCUUGCCUAACAAUUUUGUGCAUUGGGGGUCUUGUCAAACAGUUACCAGUUGCCUAGCUCUGUCUCAUCUACGCCUUAAAUCCUGCCUAUUGCCAGUGGACCAAGGAAUGAAACACUUUGCUCAUACUUUGUGUGACAACCUCUGCUUGUUCAAUAUUCACAGGAAUGCACAUGUGCAAGAUCAUUUCUUCUUUUUACUUCCUUAGGUUCUGCUUUGCCAUUCUCUGUUUAACCAGCUCACACUAACACACAGAAGUGGACUGCAAGUCUGCUGCAUAGAAGCCAAUUUCCCUUUCAGGACAGCUUCUGAGCAACUUUUACUUUUCUGUUUCUCUGCUUCCCAUUCCCACUGCACGAACAACAUUUAUUUCUCUCUUCAGUUUUAGGACAGAACUGCUGAGCUACUUAGGGAAGAAAGAGCAUUGGUUCUUCACUGCUGCUUGAAAGAGUGGGACUGCAGCUACUGAGCUUCAUUUGGAUUGAUUACAGGAGAUCCUUUACUCAAGGUCCGGCCUCUGUCUAGGGGAAGAGGCUCUCCGACAGCCUUAGAUGAUUAUGGAUUUUCUGAGUGAGAAGUUUGCCCUGAAGAGCCAGCCGAGCAAGAACAGUGACUUUUACAUGGGAGCAGGAGGCACUUUGGAGCACGUUAUGGAAACUUUGGACAAUGAGUCCUUUUAUAGCAAAACGUCAGGCAGCAAAUGUGUGCAGGCCUUCAACCCUCUGCAAAGGGCUGAGCAUCAUGUGAGGCUGGACAGGACAUCACCCUGCCAAGACAACAACGUGAACUAUGGGAUUACUAAAGUGGAAGGACAGCCUCUUCACACAGAGCUCAACAGGCCCUUGGACAACUGCAACAAUCUGAGGAUGUCUCCGGUGAAGGGGAUGCAGGAGAAGGGGGAACUGGAUGAACUGGGUGAUAAGUGUGACAGCAAUGUCUCCAGCAGUAAGAAGAGGAGACACAGAACAACUUUCACCAGUUUGCAGCUGGAGGAACUGGAGAAAGUCUUCCAGAAAACUCAUUACCCUGAUGUCUACGUGAGGGAGCAGCUAGCUCUGAGGACAGAGCUCACCGAGGCCAGAGUCCAGGUUUGGUUCCAGAAUAGAAGAGCAAAAUGGAGGAAAAGAGAACGCUAUGGGCAGAUCCAGCAAGCUAAGAGCCAUUUUGCUGCCACUUAUGAUAUAUCUGUUCUUCCAAGGACUGACAGCUAUCCUCAGAUUCAGAACAAUCUGUGGGCGGGGAACACCGCUAGUGGUUCUGUGGUUACUUCCUGCAUGAUACCACGAGAUACUUCCUCCUGUAUGACACCUUAUUCCCAUUCACCCCGGACAGAUUCUGGCUACACAGGCUUUUCAAACCACCAGAAUCAGUUCAGCCAUGUGCCUCUCAAUAAUUUUUUCACUGACUCUUUACUUUCUGGGGCAACCAAUGGACAUGCUUUUGAAACCAAGCCGGAAUUUGAAAGGAGAUCUUCCAGCAUUGCAGUUCUACGGAUGAAAGCCAAAGAGCAUGCUGCCAAUAUUUCCUGGGCUAUGUAAUAUAGCUGUACCCUUUCUUCAUAUCUUUUUUUUUAAAUAGUAAACUGAAAGCAUUUUUAUUUUCCAUAUUUAAAGGACACAACAAUAAGCUGCCGUGUGUGGAAUGCUAGAAAUCACAAUAUACGUGAUGUCUGCUUACAAAAAUGCAAAAUCAUAUUUAACAAUAAAACUUAAGAAUAAACCAUAUAGAUUUACCAUGCAUCAAGUUCAACAAACCCUCUUUGUUUUAGUUUUUAUAUAGAAACAUGUUUUGUUGUACAACUUGAUGAAAUAUGAUUAUAGAACUUGCAAAAAAGAAUAAACCAAUUAAGCAAAUAUGUCUAUGCCAUUGGUUUUUAGCAAUUCUGUAUACAAAAUUAAUACUUUUCAAAUUAAUACUUCAUAAUGGAAGAACUCUGUAAAGGAAAAUUCAUUUCUUGUAUUAGAACCAUGAUGUAAAUCUCUAAGCACACCAUGCAGAGAAGGAAAUACAUGAUCACUAUGUUGUAGGUGGAAUUUGUAGACCUAAGUUUCUCAAUACUGUGCUGUGGCUCUGAGCCAGCUUGCUGCUUUUCUAAAUGCAUGUAGAGCUCACUGGAGUUGUAGCAGUGCAUAACUAACAUAAUGAGAAGGUAGUCCUUCAUUUUAUGAACUCAAGUGUAUUCCUAUUACAGAUUAUGAGAUUUUUAAUAAAGAUAUCACUAAAAGCAGAAUCAGUUUUUAACAGAGUUUCAAAGAAGUGCACAAAUUGUGUAAAUCAACUAGUUUAAAUGAAAUAUUUAAGGUUUCAGAUAGAAUAUCUUGAAACUUACAAACCAGCAACAGCAAAAUCCUACUUCCGCUCCAGUCUUAUUGUUUUUUGCUAUGCUGUGGUCAAAUUGAAAAGGAAAAAAUCCAAUAAGUCUUUCCAAUUUCAGUCUGUGGCUGACCUCAAGAUGCUAUAAGAGUACAUUUUAUUUAGUUUUACAAACAGUUUGUUGAUAUUCUGCUUAUUUAUUUAUUUUUUUCAAAGUGUAAGACUUUUUCUCCCUUUAAAGUCCAUUGGAAAAAUCUUUUUGACUGCAGUGACAGAAGGAUUUGGCUCUCAGCUCCCAGCCUAUCACAAAGGAAUUAAAAUGUCAGCAGACUUUCUGACAUUUCUGGUGGAAAAAAAAAUAGAGAAGAAAAAUACUUUACAUCUGGAGAACUGCUAUCUACUUUGAUUUACUUCUCCUCCCUUUCCCCUGUCACAUUCCAGGCUCCUUCAGAUGAGUGAAAUGUCAGCCUCUUUGAAAGCAACAGUUAGUCUCUCAGGUUCAUAAAGGCAAACUAAAUUAAUUGAAAUAAAGAAGGACUCACACAGCUGUGAUUAAACAGGAUACAUGUCUCUGAGUACCCCCUGCUCCUUACUUUUCUCUCUGGACAUUAGUUAGAAAAGGAGCAUAGUGAGGGGAGAAGGGAAGAUCAGGGGAGCACAUUUUAUCACAGCAACUGCAAAACUAUCAAUACUCAUAAAAAAAAAAAAAAAAAACCACCCUCAGAAACUCACAGCUUGCCUCUGUGAGGCUAAACUUGAAAACAAAAACAGGAGAUGGGUCUAUUCUGUAGUACUUCAGUGGAAAAAUUAGACUUAAAUUUGAAACCAUUAAGAUCAGUUGGAAAUGGGUAUUUUACAGUAAAUUCUUAGAAAAACUAUCGAAAGAGACAUACAUAUGCUUGAAUUCAUGGUUUCCUGAUUCUAUUCUUCUUCUGAAAAUGAACUUCAACUUUCGCCUGAGUAACUGUGAAAGAGUAUUCUGGCUAGAACUUAUCAUUUCCUUUUGUAUGGUCUGCUUAGACAGAAGUAAAAUGAGCCUUAUGAUUUAAAUAAAAAAUAAUUUUAUUAGUACAGGUAAAGAUACUAGUUUUAUAUAGACACUUGCGCCAGAUGCACAACUAGUGGAAAUGCAAGUGUUUCCUUUAUUUUUUCUUCUUCAGUUUCCUCAUAAUCCUUUUUAAAGUACAAUAUAUAGAACACAUCAAACAAAUUUGCAGAUAAUCUUUAUAAGGUUAUCAUUACUGGACCAAGAAGCAAAAGCUGGAAAAAUUAGCCAUUGUUUUUCUUGUUGUCUGUCUUUUAGUUUAUUUAUUUUGAAAGCAGAAUUUGUAAUUAUUUUAUUGUGAAGUCCAGUAAGUUCAUUUUUACAGGGCAUUUUAUGUCAAGAAUAAAAUUAAACAAAUUCUAGGAAUUUAUUACAGUGACAGACUGCUUGGGGAAAAUAAACAUCAUUUUUCAAAACAUUACAACAUUUUUAGAUGCUUGAAGCCUCCAAAAUUAAAGGGGAAAAUAAAAGACUGUCAUCUUCCUACUGAUUUUAAUUAAAUGAAAGGGAUACAGUUCUAAUUAAAUUUUCUUCCUCAGUUUUAGCAUUGGAAAUUAUUUGUUACAUUUUGCUAGCAUACCUUUAUGCAUUCGGCAAACAGGUAUUAAACCCUUCAUUAAACCCGAGGUGUGAUAAGUUGCAGACCUGCAUUAAGCUUGUCAUGCUCUUGCAUCAGCCUUGUCUCAAAGAAUGAAUGAUAUUCUGUCAGCUGCAGUAUUUCAUUUAGCUAAUGAAAAAGUAUCUUCAUGUUAGAUGUCAAGUACUACAACAGGGUCACAUUCUGCUACUUUUAUUUAGUACUGCUUUACUCCAUGUGUAGAUGCAUUGAUGUGAGUGAGACUACUCACAGACCAAAUUGUGAAUCACUUGUAAAAGUUUAUUCACAAUGGCCCUAUUCAUGCAAAGAGUUGCUCACCACAACAUGAGUAAUCGGUUCAUAAUCAGACCCAGCUUAAGGUACUAUUCAGCUCUGGUAAGGAUGGCAGAAUCUGGCCCACACUGGCUUAAGGCCAGACUCAGACUUUUUAACCAAGAUGAGUAGCUCCUUAUUCCAUAAGCAGUGCAAGUAAAGCCAAAGGGUCUAUUUGUAGCGUUCUCUUUUCAUUAAAAAAAUCUUGAAAAGAAGUAUUUCUGUGUAUACAAAUAAUUAGAAUAAAUUUCUAUUCAAGUAAAUGAUCUCAUUUCUUACUGGACUAUACUACUACAUUUGUCAGGACUUGUGUUCUAGUUUUUUGAUUGUAUCCACUUAAUGAUUUCUCAGCACCAGCAACUAAUCUUUUCACUGUUUCUUCAACAUGUGGCAGAUGCACUAAAAACAAAAGGAGGUGAUUUACAUAGUCUUCCUGCCAAGUUCUUUAACUAAUGCUUGAGACAUGUGAUCAUCAUGCAAUGCUGGGCAGUAAAUUUCUAGGACUUCUUUGCAAAGAGUCCCUGUUCUGUUAAAAGAGAAAGUGAAAUAUUGUUGUAAUUAUUGCUGUGAAGAAUUUGUGAUGACAAAGUGCAGAGCUGUUUUUCCUUCUCCUAUGAUUGAUUCAUUAACAAUUUGAAAAUGUUAAGCCUGUGUUUCAAGUCAAAUUUUCGAACAGAUGUAAAUUCAUUCAUGAAAAUUAAAAGUGCUUUCUAAGAUUUGUACAGACUCAUGUGAAUGAUGGACAACACUGCAUUUAGCAACUAAAGACCAUCCACUUACCAUAAAGGUGGUCAGAAGAGUUUGACACAACUGAUGAUUUCUACCUACAGUUUAAUUGGCAGUGUUACACACCACAGAAAUGUAUCAAUGAAGGCAACUUUUGUUGCUGAGAAAGAGCUGAAAUGAACUGUAUUUCUUACUUCACUUCUUUAAUGUCAUAAUAUUUUACGCUGUCAAGUGUUGAAAAAUUCCAGUUCAAUAUGUUAAAAGCAUUUUGUUUUGACUGUAAACUUUACAGUAAGGCCGUGAAAUAUACCAUUUAACAAAUACCAACAAAAUGCAGUAUUGUACAUUUAAUACUGAGAUAUUUUAAAAUGAAGUAAAUACUUAUGGUUGCAAAGAAUAAAAUAUUACAGUGUUUUUAAAAUAAUACAGAUGAACUAAUGGUUUCUCAAUAAAUUUCCAGAUAUUUGCUGAUCUGAUGAGAGAUAAAACUGAUCUUAGAAUACGUAAACUGCUAAAAUUCAGAAUGUUUCCAGGGGAAAACUGUUGUUUUUGGCAAAGGACUGUCUUGUUUUCUUUUUCCUCUAGCACUUUCACAGCUAAGUAACAAGUGGUCCACCCAUCUAGUCUUCAGAAUACACUCUUAUUAUCCCUCUACAAUGAUCAUUUAGGUUUGUCUGGUAUGUGAAAGAUAGUGAGAAGUUACCCAAAGCUUAUGCCAAUAGCUACUUCUUUAUCCCACUUAUUUAAUAUCACUUCUGAGCAGCCGAAAGAAGCUGAAAUACUUAUCUGGUUAAACUUGGUUUACAGCUGCUUUGUAUUGCCAGUGCAACACAAAACAGCUGUGGUACACUGGUGAAUUAUCACUUGAAAUAUUGGCAGCAUAAGCAAGCUUACUAAGUAAAUAUCCAGAAUGUAAAGCUGCAGUAGUUUGAAGGAACUUAUUUUAGAUUUAAAUUGUGUAAAAUAAGCAGCAGACUGGGCAAGUACUGAAUGUGAGGCGUAUGUAUGAGAGAGGCAGUGUAUAGCGAGUAUGGGGGUAUGAUGACUGGAAUGACAGAAGAAUCUUCUGGGGGGAGGGAGACUCAGGGUCUCAGGGUUCAAAUACAAUCCACUCUAGGUGUUAUUGAUUUUUCAAAAUAGGAAAAAAACCCACAGUGGAGCUUUCAAAAUCCAUUGUCUUCUAUAGGAA